GUUCGUUCCCUCUCUCACCUUCUAUAUAUGAAAUUGGAAGCAUCGAGCUCCCACGCGCAACUCAGAGAAGGAGAACACAAAUCAUACCUCGAGACGACGCCAUCGGAUGGCAAUAGCUACGAAAAUCCCCACAAAAAUCCCCCGAACCCUCGUCGCCCGAUACCUCUCCUCCGCCUCCACCCUCGCCGAUCAGCUCCCAGAGGCCCCCUCGCAACCACCGGCCCCGACACUCGACCUCUCCGACACCCGGCAACUAUUCGCCUCCGUCCCUACCGCCACCCUCCUCCGGUCCCUCGCCAACCUCUCCACCCUGGCCGCAGGGCCGAUCGUCGACCUGGGCGCGGCGGCGCUGCGGGCGGCUGCCGCGGCGCCGGAGGGCCGCCUCCUCCCGGCCGCCGUCCUCGGGGUGGCCCGCGCGACGGUGCACCGCCACUUCUGCGCCGGCGAGGGGUUCGAGGAGGCGGGCCGCGCGGUGGAGGCGAUGUGGGCGGAGCAGGGGCUGCGCUCGAUCCUGGACUACGGGAUGGAGGACGCCGAGGACAGCGCCGCCUGCGACCGCAACCUCGACGGGUUCCUGCGGACGGUCGAGAUGGCGUCGUCGCUCCCGCCCAUCUCCGCAAGUGUGUGCGUGAAGAUUACAGCAAUUUGCCCCAUCUCCUUGCUCGAGAGAGCCAGUGAUCUAUUGAGGUGGAAGCAGAAGGACCCCACAUUUCAGCUUCCGUGGAGCACCCAUUCAUUUCCCAUUCUUUGCGACUCCAGCCCUCUCUAUCUCACCCCUUCAGUGCCAGAUCCUCUGACAGAGACCCAAGAGCUUGAUCUCCGAUUAGCCCAGCAAAGGCUGUCAAAGAUCUGCCAUAGGUGCGCAGAAGCUGGUAUCCCGUUGGUGAUCGAUGCAGAAUACGCCUCGCUGCAGCCUGCAGUUGAUUACUUCACGUACUCAGCAGCAAUACAGUUCAAUCAUGGAGACCAACCUAUGGUCUACGGGACAAUCCAGGCUUACUUGAGGGACUCCAGGGAGAGGAUGGUAAACGCCGUCGAGGCCGCGGAGAGACAGGGGAUCCCUCUGGGGAUUAAACUAGUGAGAGGCGCUUAUCUAACAAGAGAGACCAAUCUGGCUUUAUCUUUGGGUGUGCCGUCUCCCAUCCACGGGAGCAUCCAGGAAACACACCAGUGCUUCGACAAUUGUGCUGCCUUCUUGCUGGAGAGGGUCAGGAGGGGAUCCGGUGCAAUCCUGCUUGCCACCCACAACGUUCGAUCUGGGCAAGCCGCUGCAGCGAAGGCAGAGGAGCUGGGAAUCGGAAAGGAAGACCAGAAACUACAGUUUGCACAGCUACUGGGGAUGGCGGACGGGCUCUCUCUAGGACUCAAGAAUGCAGGUUUCCAGGUGAGCAAGUACGUGCCUUUCGGGCCGGUGGAGCAAGUAAUUCCAUACCUCCUCAGGAGAGCCGAGGAGAACAGAGGACUCCUUUCCACCUCCACUGUAGACAGACAGCUGAUAAGGAAGGAGCUCAUGAGAAGACUUGCAACUGCAGUUGUUGGGCGGACUUGAAAUUACACAAUUUUUUUUUAUUUCUCUUUUUUUUUUAGAAAAAAAGAAAGAUGGGGUUAUUAUCACCCCAUGACAAACAUGUUACAAAAGUAUACUAAGAGAAUGUAUGAAUAGCGUAAGUAAUAGAAGAUUCGAUAUUGUUAUUUCCUAA